CCACCGGUGCAUUGUCCAACACUAGCCUGUAAAACGUUUUCAUUAAGCGCGAUAUUUUUGUUGAUUCUUUCGUUUUUUGGCGAAAUUUUGGUUUAAAAUUAAUUCUUUUCGACCGCCAUUGGCGCACAAUGUCCGAUGACGACGAUAUACAGUACAUUAAGCGGCAGCGCACGCUCCACUAUGGCUCGCUGGAGGAAACGGAGAGAAAGCGUCAGAAUGCCGCGGCGUCGGCUACAACAACAACAAACACGCCGGCGUCUGGUACAACAACAACGAUAGCCGGCACAGGCGGCCAGCUGGAAGAUAUAGAUUCCGAUGAGGACUACGAGGAAAGCACGAAAAAGACUAGCUCCUUGAAGGCACCCGCUCCACCACCCACAGCAGCCACUUUAGCCAAUAAAAUCGACGAUGACUACUUUGAUCUGGAGGCGGAGAUAGAGCGGGACAAGGUGGCCCUACUGGUCGAGUUCGAACGAAAGAAGAGGGCGCGUCAAAUAAACGUGUCCACGGACGACGCCGAAAUCAAGAGCAACCUGCGCCAGCUAAACGAGCCCAUCUGCUACUUUGGAGAAGGUCCGGCCGAGAGGAGAAGGCGUCUCAAAGAACUGCUUGCCAAUCUUGGCGAGCACGCCAUCGGCAAAAAGCAGACCGACGAUGAGGAGCGCAGGAUCCAGCAGAGGGAACAGGAGGCAACCUGGUAUCACGAGGGUCCUGACACUCUCAGGAUUGCUCGCCUCUGGCUUGCAGAUUACUCACUGCCCCGUGCCAGGGAUCGCCUCAUUCGCGCAAAGGAUGCUCUGGAAGUGCCCAGUGCAACACGAGCCGGCCGCAUGGUCGAGAUGCAGAAGAAGCUCCAAUCCUUGGCGCCCCUGUGCUCCCAAGUGGGUGACACACGCCCCGUGAGCAGUGCAGCCUUCAGCGAGGAUUCCACUCUGUUGCUGACAUCCUCCUGGUCGGGUCUUUGCAAGCUGUGGAGCGUGCCCGAUUGCGAGCUGAAACAAACGCUUCGUGGGCACGCCAGUUACGUCGGUGGAGUGGCCUUGCGCCCAGGCGUUAAAGCAGAUGAGGAAAAUGUGGUAGCCAUGGCGUCGGGCGGUCACGAUGGCGCCGUCAAGCUAUGGGGGUUUAACAACGAGGAAUCCAUCGCCGAUAUCACCGGUCACAUGCCCCAUCGCGUCUCCAAGGUGGCCUUCCAUCCGUCCGGCCGCUUCCUGGCCACCGCCUGCUACGACUCCAGCUGGCGGCUCUGGGAUCUGGAGCAGAAGACAGAAGUGCUGCAUCAGGAGGGGCACGCGAAGCCAGUGCACUGCUUAAGCUACCAGUCGGAUGGGAGUGUCCUCGUAACGGGAGGACUGGAUGCGUUUGGGCGGGUCUGGGAUCUGCGUACUGGUCGGUGCAUCAUGUUUUUGGAGGGUCAUCUGGGCGCCGUUUUUGGAGUGGACUUUUCCCCGAAUGGCUUUCAUAUCGCCACUGGGUCGCAGGACAAUACCUGCAAGAUCUGGGACUUGCGACGCCGUCAACCUGUCUACACCAUUCCCGCGCACACCAAUCUGAUUUCGGACGUGAAGUAUCAGCAGGACUGUGGCAGCUUUCUGGUCACCUGCUCCUACGACUCCACCACAAAGAUAUGGUCCAACAAGACAUGGCAGCCACUGAAGACGCUCCAGGGCCAUGACAACAAGGUCAUCUCGGUGGAUAUCUCGCCCAACUCGCAGUACAUAGCCACAACGUCGUUCGAUCGCACCUUCAAGCUCUGGUCGCCCGAUAGUUGAUUUUAAUAUCAUUACUAUAUUGUAUUUAGGCCUGUAGGCGCGACCUGCCCUAUGGGUGCACUCUCAUCCACUGUUUUUGUUGUUUCAGAGACAAUAGCCCAUGGAAGUCCUUGCGACCAAUUCAAGUUUUCGUUUUGUAUAACACAAUUUGUUAUUUUUGUUAGGCGAAAGGCAGAUGCAGCGAUGUUGCAUUUUGUAAAUUUUAAGAAUUUUUUAUUGAAAUUUGUUAAUAAAAAAAAAACACGAC